AACACUUCCUUCUCUUCACCCCUACGACUCCUCCUCCUCCCUUCCUGUUCGAGGGAACCCUAAUUUCCCUCUUGACGCUCUCUCAUAAUCGUCGCAUCGUUUUUCAGCUGUACUUGCAAAGAUGUCGAACUCUUUAGAUUUGUCGCUCGACGAUCUCAUCAAGAACAGCAAAAAGUCCGGAUCCGGUAACGCCCGUGGCCGCGGCAGGGGUUCCGGUCCCGGUCCAGCACGACGCUUCCCCAACCGUGGCGCCAAUCGAGCGGCUCCGUAUGCGGCCGCGAAGGCGCCGGAGACGACGUGGCAACACGAUAUGUAGGCAGAUCCAGGGGUGGGAUACGGAGUACAAGCUGGUCGGUCAUCUUCUAUUGAGACCGGAACAAAGCUCUACAUCUCUAAUCUAGAGUAUGGCGUCUCAAACGAGGAUAUCAAGGAGUUGUUUUCUGAAGUUGGUGACCUGAAACGGUAUGCAAUCCAUUAUGACAGGAGCGGGAGAUCGAAGGGAACGGCAGAAGUUGUCUUCUCUCGACGAGCAGAUGCUGUGGCUGCUGUCAAGAGAUAUAACAAUGUUCAGCUUGAUGGGAAACCAAUGAAAAUAGAGAUUGUUGGAACAAACAUAGCAACCCCUGCACCUCCUGCUGGUAACGGAAAUUUUGGAAACUCAAAUGGGGUUCCCAGAGGGGGCCAAGGUAGGGGUGGUGCAAUGAGUAGACUUCGUGGUGGUGGUGGUGGCCGCAGAACUGGAAGGGGACGUGGAGGAGGACGAGGCCGUGGUGAAAAUGUUUCUGCAGAAGAUCUUGAUGCUGAUUUGGAGAAGUAUCAUUCAGAAGCGAUGGAGACGAGCUAAAGUAUUUUCCAUCUCUUGUAUUCUCUCAAUUGGCCUUUCAUUAUUCUUCUGUGGUCUAAUGUGAUCAUGCAAGAACAGACUCUUUUCUGUAUUUCUACCAAAGUCUUACUAGUUAGGAUAUGUUUAUGUGGUACUCAUAGAAAGAGCUACUAGUAUCUUGGUUUAUGGAGUUUGGUCUUGUAUUGCUUCUUUUGUUUUGGGUAUCAAUAAUGGGGAUUUAGACAGCUGUCAGCGUGUAAUCUGCUCUCAUAAUUUACUUUCUUGAGCUACUUAAGUGGUUGUGUCUUAAUCGCAAGUUGGGUAGAGCAUUGGGACUCUCGUCUUUAUUCAUGUACAAAGAAGCUGUUGGAGGCAAACUGUGAAAGGACUAGCGUUGGAAAAUUGUCAGAGCUCCAAUAUCUUUGGGUUGCAUCUGAUUCAUAAAUCAAUGGAUGUCUUCAAUUGAGGUA